CAUUCUGUAACCAGGUGGUAUAAACAUAUUGUUUGCUGGCGAAAUCCAAUUAAUUAUUAUUUAUACAAACCAGUUUGACAAGUCCAGUGGUUACUAUUGCGGUGGAACAGCAGAGGGCGCAAUGCGGUCUGAGUAGCGGUGAUCAGCGAGGUUAGAGGACACGCUGAGAGUAGAAGUAGGAGACGCAGUGAAACGCACUCUGAGAAAAUGGCUGGCGACAUGAGCGGACUGUGAAUGUGUAUGGAGUAGCUACGAAGCUCAUGUUUGCUGGAGUGUUACAUGUGUUCGUUCCACACGUCCCUCUGUGAAAACAUGAUGGAGACAGACGCAGGACGUGGGUCCUUUCAUGAACGGAUGUCAACGGGGUGGAGACUGGUGAACGACUUCCGAUCCCAUGUGACGUAUUCACCUACUUUGCAUGUUUUUUUUUUAAUCUGUCUGUUAUGUGCAGCAAACACAGACACACUUUUUUGUUUUUAUAUUUAUUUUUCAGAGGACGCUCUGACCCAACACUCAGCCUUACAGGAAGCACUGCUUCCCUGUGGCUCACACACAGACAUGAUGUAGGUUUGAUCAGAGGAUGUGAACCAGUGGUCACCUAAAUCUGACCACAGACCAUGUUAACAACAACAACACCCUCUUAAAGGAAGCCAUAGAUGGUGUUACUGCAGACACCACUAAGCUACUGAAACAUUGGAUGCUACAGGCCACAAAGAGCCUGUCUAAAUUACAGUUUGUUCAGACUAAGGUUAUUUUCCUGAUCAUUGUAAUUACAGCUGAUGGCAAAUCCAUCUCACCCAAAAGAGUUGAAGCAAUUUAAAACCUGUCUAAACCGUGCACGUAUAAACAGCUGAUGUCUUUUCUGCGUCUUUGUUCUUAUUGUAGGACCUUCAGUCCUAACUUUAAUGUCUUUAAGGACCCACUCAGGGUUCUGAUGCAGACGUCUUCAUCGUCCACUUCUUGUCUCACAUGGACGUCUGAGGCUGAACAACGUUCACUGACCUCAAGCUGCUCCUAAUUUGGGUCUCCCUGAUCUGACCCUACGCGACCUUUCACUCAAACAGUGGAUGAGAAAUCAGGUUGUACGACUUCUGUUUUUUUGCCUUGUAGACUAUUUUCCUGCUUCAACCAGCUGCUGCUGAACUUCCACGGUGUCUAUGAGCAGUGGCUGCGGCAGAGAAAGCCAUGCUAGCGUCAUAUGACAUUGUUGGCUACUCUGACGUCACCUUGUUGGUUCCUCUUGCUGUGUCUACCAACAGCUAUUGCUGUUUGUAAAUGUCCAACUCACACCAUCAGUGAUGACUUUGCUUCUGCCGGAAUGCAGCUGCAGACGCUGCUGCGAAGGUCAUUGCCCGAUCUGAUCCUCGUUCCCUCUCCUCAUCCUCGUUUCCUCUCCUCAUCCUUGUUUCCUUUCCUCAACUAUGUUCCCUCUCCAACUCUCUCUACCCUCUACUUCCUCAUCUCUCCCUGUCUUUUAAACACUUUCUACCUCACAGGAACGCAGACUCUGGCAGACGAAUGGUUCCACCUGUAUCCAUGGACUCUGGUUUGGGCCUGAGGGCAAACCCUGCCACCCAAACAUUUUUCCCCACAGUUCACAUUUCCCAACAGGUUCCCAUCCAACCAGAGGACUGGGCGAUUGUUAAGGAGUUCAGGAGGAAACACUGGAACUCCAAAUGGUGGCGAGGCCCCUUCCAGGUCCUUCUGACGACCCACACGGCUGUGAAGGUCACAGAGAGAGCGACUUGGAUCCACUUCAUCCACUGCAGGAAGGUCCUGGAUCCGACAGACAACCCUCCGUCUACAUCCCACAGAAAACCCACCAGAAGUAAGGAGACGUGAGAAGGACGACUCUCGCUGUGGUCACACACACACGCACUGAGGUGAGGCUGCGUUGACCGUUCAGCUAAAGGUGUGAGCCAAGCACCGCCUGAAGCUGCGCCGGUGAAUGACACUAUCAGACCAUACAUUUACACACACGCUCCUGAGAAAACACACACACGAGCAGCGAUGAGUUGCCGAUGCUGGACGACGUGUAGACUCUUCACAUCACGGGAGUGACAGUGACUCAGACGACACUCAACAAACCCCAAGCGUCUCUUUGAUCAGCUGAUCACAACCUGAAGAACUCACAGAUUGGAAACAAACUAACUAACAGGACGAAGCAGAUUGUUACGAGUAAAGGGUCUGAGUAAAAGGGCUUUAAUACCAGAAUCGUAGUUUCAGACAGUCCAGGUCAUACACUUGUAGGCACGAAGAUUGAGGCACAGAGGGAGUAGGCUUAAUCACGCCUAGUAAACAGGCAGGGUUCAGUAACAGAAUCUACAGAAUACGGUACCGCUCAGGAUCAGGCGAAAAUCAAUAGUCGGGAACGUGGAACAGGGUCGAAGACGAGGUAAGCUGAACACUGAAUGCUGGAUAGCAACGACAUGCGUACAAACGAUCUGGCGGAUAACUGUGGUGAUAGGUGGUGGUUAAAUACCCAGGGGUGAUGAUUAAACUAAGACAGGUGUGUGUAAUGCAAACCGGAAGUAAGACUAGAACUGACACAGUGAGAACAGAAACCGGGAGUACUACAAAAUAAAACAGGAAAUGAAAACUGUCACAGGAGGAGGGACCAAAUCCCUCCCCACACAAGCACACAAGCAGGGUGGGCGGAGGGAGGACCGGAGGAGGGUCAAAACAGAAACAAAGUCCAUAUACAACCGAAGCCGUGAGUCCAACUGAGUUCGUCCCCAAUGGCCAAUGGGACCCAGAAACCCCCUCUUCUGGAGGGUGGUAGCAAGGGAGUCCGCCACGACGGCUGGCGGGGUCCGGGAGGGCGGAGCCGAGUCCAGCCUCCUCCCGACGGAGAUGCUCCGGGGAUCCCAGGGUUGCGGCGAACGACAACGGCAGAGACCCUGCCAUCGGCGUGGCAGGAGGCUGCGUACCCCAGGCGAGCGGACGUGACGACGGCGGAGUCGAGGCGGACGGCGCCGAAGGAGGCAGCACCACCCAAACGGCAGGAGGUACCAAGGGCGAGGCCACUAGUCCGGCGGACGAGGCGAGAACCGACGUGGAACAGCGUCGAAGACAGAUGUGGAGCCAGAGCCGGGACCAGAGACGAAGACAGACGUGGAGACGUGGCCGGAACCAGAGACGAAGCCGGAACCAGAGACGAAGCCGGAACCAGAGACAAAGCCGGAACCAGAGACGAGGACAUACGUGGACACGUGACCGGAACCAGAGACGAAGCCGGGACCAGAGACGAGGACAGACGUGGAGACGUGGCCGGAACCAGAGACGAAGCUGGGACCAGAGACGAGGACAGACAUGGAGACAUGGACAGAACCAGAGAAGAAGCCGGGACCAGAGACGAGGACAGACGUGGAGGCGUGGCCGGAGCCGAGCCACCAGGAACCGAUGCAGGCGUGGCCAGAGCUAGACCACCAGGAACCGAUGCAGGCGUGGCCAGAGCCAGACCACCAGGAACCGAUGCAGAUGCGGCAGGCGCCGGACCACCAGGAACCGAUGCAGAUGCGGCAGGCGCCUGACCACCAGGAACCGAUGCAGAUG